AUGCGAAUCUUGCAAUGGGAAUAUGGGUCAUGUUUUGCGUGGAUGGACUAUUUGCAGCUUGCGGAGGAGCUGGACCCCCCUUUGUGUAGACUUUACAGAUUGCGGCAAGAGACAGGAGGCGAGAAUGAUAUCAGUAAAACGUAUACAACAAGCGGUGUCGUCGAUGGCGUUUUUGUCGGUGCUUCACUUGCUGAUGAGGGACGCAAUGAUGCAUCAGAACGAGGUCGUAGUAUCCUCGGGUGUGAAUUAGAACGCGAUCGCGAGAUGGGUUAUCAAAUACCGAAGGCGGCGGACCUUUGUGGACUUAAGUUUGCCAUACGGAGGUGA